AUGAGAGUAGGUACCCGCAAAAACCCUCAUGAAUCAGACCGCCCCCUGGAACCGCACCCCCUCCCCCCCUUCCUUCCUCCACACCCCUGCUCCACCCACAGUAGUCCUUGCACUGUCCUGCACACGGCAGCCAGUCCCCCCACCCCUCCAGUCCCCGCCACAUCCCCCCCACAGCAGCAGCCACGGGAGGGGGGAGGCAGGGCAGAGGGUGGUGCUGCAUUGGCUCACGGCGGCCACCAUAUCCACACCACCUCCCCCCCAACAGUCGCAGUCGCAGAGGGGAAGGCGACGGGGGAGGUUGGGGCGGCGGAUAGCAGGUGGGGCGGCGGGGAAGAGGAGGUGCGGCGGAGUGUUGCUGGUGCUGUUACUGGCGGUCGUGGGUGUCGCUGGCGUUGUCGCUGCUGGCGUUCCCGCCACGCCCUUUUCCCGUCCCUCUCCUCCCCCACAGCGACUGUGGCUACACACGGGAACAGCCGCGAAAGCGGGUGA